ACGUAACAAGGUUUACAUUUACCUGUCUGAAAAGGUUUACUAAUACUCCUUAUUGUAUCGUACCAGGAAAUAAUUUCAGAAAGGCCAAAUCUUGGGGAACCGAAGACACAUCUGUAUGAUGUCGAUAUGUAUAUGUUAUUGUCACAUACACCUAUGAUUUUCAGGAUAUAGUUUUACGGAAUUUAAUCGGAGUGUCGAAGGAACGCCUUUAUUUGUAGAUUAUUGUAAGCUAUACCAGGCUUGAGUCUUUUAUAUUGGAAAAUUGAAGGAACAGAGAAGGACUCCUGACCAAGGGAUGCCAAAAGCUAAGAAGAAUGACUACAAGGAUUGGACCAUUCCAAAUAAAGGAGACGGACCCCCGGGCGGACCACCUGACCUCGGCCCUCGGAUGGUCCACGAGGACCCUUCAUUGACCAACCCCGAUGACGACCAGGGUCUGAAGCAAGGAGUGAGAUGCGUUCUCGACGAGGAGAUCGAAGUCGAUGUCAAGGGACUGGUGCGGAAGUACGAGGAGCAUGAUCUUGGAGGAGAGUCCGCGGAUGGGCCGGAAAGACGCUUGCCAGUGAUCAAACGUAACGUCAAUACAGAUCUUCCAGCAGACAAUCAAUAUACGGAAGAAGAGGGAGACUUGGGACCAUCAUUUCAACACGAAGAACAACAUGAAAAUCCAGAGUUCCAAACUGAAGAUGAUUUCCAACCAGAAGGUUAUCUUGAUGAUCCAGAGACAUUCUAUCACAACGAUCCGCCGCUUCACAACCGCGUUUCGUAUCACGCCAACCGCCAACAGUCUGACGCUCUCUCGACCAAACCGGUAAAGGAAUUCGACGCCGCGGCUGCUCGCGAGGCUUCGAAGCUCCAAUGGUCUUCCCAGCACUCAUCAAAUCCAUCGUGUCCGCCGCCAAAUCAAAGAAAACUGCUUGACGCCUUGCCAGCGGUUCCCGCCCAGGAAAUGACCAAUGCGCGCUACGACGAGAUGGAUGUGCACGCCCUCAAAGGCGGUAGCGAUUACCGCUCUCGGAAAGUUCCCGUUUAUGACGAAAGCGACGACAUCGCCGCGCAGAAGAAGAAAGCGGCGGCCCAAGCUGGCGACCGGAUGAGCUGGAAAUCGAGGGCGAGGUCGAGGGGAGAUGAGAUGCUGGAUUACGUGGUGUCGAAGGCGGGGUCGAAAGCGAAUCGGACGGUGGUGAUUCUUAUCUCGCUGGGUCUAUUCGCUGUUCUAAUCGCCAUCGUUUUCAUGAUCAUCUACUUCUCGACAGGACAAAAGUCAUUACCUACAGUAACAAUGCAACCAACUGAUGCUGGCCCGACAGACACAGGAGGAUCAAUAGUCAUUGUUGGGGUUAAUCUGGAUGCAACGGUUAGGCUGUCCAAUCGUGCUUUCAUCCCUCAGUACAACAACGACCUAUCGCCUCAAUAUCGCUCGCUGGCAGACAAUUUUACCAACACGAUGGACGAUGUUUUCUAUGGAAGCGAUCUCGGUGACGUCUACAAUGGGACGCAAGUCAAUGGAUUUAGCCCUGGCAGCAUCAUCGUUGACUUCGUAAUCAUGCUUCUCUCUCCGCCAAUGACAGCCCCGGGGGAGACGACCACGCCUGCAGGCUCAAUCGAUGACCGACUUAAGAAGAUUGAGGAGGACGUUCAAGCCGCAGUCCAGGAGGUCAUCGAGGAGGCUGCUGAUGAAGGAAAUCUGGACGAACUCGGUGUCGAUUCGACAUCGUUUGUUGUCAACGAUGUUGGCGUGGAUGUCCGUGUCGUUACAGAGGCACCGACAACAGCAUCGUCCGCCGGUACAACAUUGACGCAGACAACACCAACGACAACAUCAGCACAAACGACAACACCUGCAACAACACCAAUUCCAGUAACAACACAAAUACCACAGACAACACAAACACCAGACACAACACCACCUACCAUUGUAUGCCCAGAAGACAAAGUCGUGUACCUAGAGACGGGCGAGUUUUCUGCGAAUGUAUCAUGGCCUCCCAUCGAAGUCGAUGACGAUUCUGGUCACGUGACUGUUACGACCGAUAUGACCGAAGGAUCGUGGGAUGCCGGGGAAUAUACUGUAGUUGCCACGGCAAUGGAUCCCUCAGGAAACUCAGACCAAUGUUCGUUCAAUGUUACCGUUAAAGAUCGGACGUGUCCGGCUGGGUGGUUGCGGAGAACAGACGGAUGCUAUCGCCUCGCCUGGGCGGACCCGGUCACUUACGAGCAGGCCGUGCAACUAUGCUCCGAACUCGAUUCUAUUCCCUUCGUACCGAACUCGAGGUCCGAAAUGGAUUUCGUCCUCGAGUUCCUGGGCGAUGUCGGUAUCGGGUUUGUCUGGGUUGGAUGUGACGACAACGAUACACAAAGACGUUUUGAUUGCCUGGAUGGGAGUCAAAUUGGAUCGCAGAGCAAUCUAUGGCACCCAGGUCAACCAAACUCUUACAAUUCGGAGAAUUGUGUAGUAUUAUUGUUUGGUCAAAGACUGCAUGAUUGGUCUUGUACGUGGAUUCGGCCCAGGACUCUCUGCGAAAGAGUUGCGGAUUGACAGAGACGUGCACCAUGCUCAUACAUGUAUCUAUCAUGAAGACCUUAUCAAGUAUAAACAUUGUCAGAGGAUCUCCUGACAUAUUGCUGCGAGCACAGAAUUCAUCAGGAGAAGAGAAAUGGGCUGGAUAUAUUUAUUCCAAAAACAGUGCACACAUUAAAAAAAAAAUAGCACGUUGAUUAUGCAUGUCACUCUGACAACAAUUUGUUUAAAAGUUGUAAUUGUUUAAACUUUUUAAACAACUUGUUAAAAAGUUUAAACAGUUGUUUUUUUUUUUAAAACAAUUGUUGUUAGACUUACGGGCUUAAACAACGUGCUUAAAAUUUUAAGCAGCGUUUUUACAGUGAGAAAUGGACAGGAUAAUGUUUCAGAGGGGGGGGGGGGGGGGGGGACAGGCCAAUACGACUGAAUUGUGACGUCAUCUAUUGUAUCAAUUAGAUAACGGAGUAGAGACCUAUUUUAUUUACACCCUUAUUUACUCUUUCUUGGUUUCCCUUUUACUCCUCAUAUCCGUUGUUCCUUUUACCCCUAUCUCUUUUUUAUCUUCCAUUUCAUUCUCAUAUUUGUUUUCUUGCUUUCCGUUAGAACUGGAGGAGUGCUGUCUCGAUACAUACCCCAUUCCAACAUGUUUUAUUUCAAAUGAGCAUGCACCAAAUAUUAUUUUCAGAUAAUAGGAAUGAUAAUUUAUAAAUUCUAUCAAGUUUAUCGUCCUUUCUAAUUAUACAAAUUAUAUUUGUGAAUAUACAUGCACUUCUCUUUUUUUGUAACUGAAUCUUGAAAUAACUAUAUAAUCGAAUAUUAACAAUAUACAGUUUUGUUAUCAAUAACAGAAUAAUAAGAUGACAAACUUGUAUAUGUUGUAGGUUUAAUCUCACCUCCUUUAAUGAACAUAGAAAAUAUAUUCUUGAAUGUAAUAGGCUUUGUCAUUUCAUUGCAUUGUAUGUAUUCGAGGGGAUUUCGAGCUUGCGAAAUCGCAAAAUGUAUCUCAUGUUAUUAAUUGCCGAAUCGCAUUUUUAUCCAACAUAUUUUGGAAUGCAAUAUAGGCCUGCACGUAGCACGGUCAUUUAAUAUUCAAUGGAUGAAAUCUUCCAUAGGCACAUAUAUUUAUAUUUUAUGAAAUUGUAUUAUUGUAUGAUUGUAUUCAUUGUCUUUUACUGCGAAUAUGCACAUGAGUAGAAAAACAUAUUAUAGAAAUAAAAACUUUAAUGUAUAAUAUAAGAUAAAUGAAAUUCUAACUUAAAGUUUCGAUAGAUUCAUAUGAAAUCGAAGUUUAAAUCAUUCCUACUUCCAAUCUACUAUAGACACUGUGUGAAAUCGUUCUCCUUUAAAUAAAAAAAAUGAUAUGAAUCCGGGUGGGUGUUUCAUAAAGCUGUUCGUAAGUGAAGAGCGACUUUAAGAACGACUGGUGAUCCUUUCUUAUGGCAAAUGGUAUAUUCAUUAGCGAUGGUUUUGCGCGUAAGAAAGCAUCACCAGUCGUUUUUAAAGUCGCUCUGAACUUAACAGCUUUAUGAAACGAACACCAGCUAUGUAAGUCCCAUGUUUUGUUUUCAUAUAACAUGUUUAUGAAAACUAAUGUCCCUUAUUGAUUGAUGUGGGCAGUAGGCCAGCAAUCGUGAUACAAUAAUCAGGUACUAAAUGUAUUCGUGCAAUAGCGAGUUUUUGCCACCGCAUCGCAGAACGAAUCCAAGAACAAAAUCAUUUUACUAAAAAUGCAAAUCAAAUCAAAAUAAACAGCCGGAGGGGGGGGGGGGGUGUCGAAAAUUGGUGAACCGGAACAGCAGUUUCGGAGCUGACGAAAAUUGCAUAUAUGUCUUUUGUCUAGAGUCCAGGUGGGUGUUUCAUAAAGCUGUUCGUAAGUUUAGAGCGACUUUAAGAACGACUGGUGAUCCUUUCUUGUGGUAAGUGGGAUACACCAAAACGUUCAUUGGCGAUGGUUUAGCGCGUAAGAAAGGUUCACCGGUCGUUCUUAAAGUCGCUCUUAACUUACGAACAGCUUUAUGAAACACACCACUGGAAGAAACUGCUGUCUUGAUUCACUAAUUCUUUUUGGUUGCUCUUUGUCAUGAGGCAAAUUGACAAUAGAUUUUCUAUGCACCUGUAAGCGUUCUGCGUCGCAGUGCAAGAACUCCCUACUAACGGAUGCCUGCAUUUUAUUGGUUAGUGGAUGUUGUACAAUCAUUGCGGACCAUUAAAUAUAUAUCUUUUAUAUAUUA